GUAAUAUAUUGAAACAAAACAUAAAUAUAAUGCUUAAACUGAUUAUUUUACAGCACAGGGAAAGUACAUAUAUGUAGAAUCGUCAUCACCAAGAAAAUUUGGGGAACAUGCCAGUAUUUCAUCGCUUGUCCUACCGGCAAACGGGACGAUGUGUUUCGAGUUUUGGUAUUAUAUGUUUGGCGACGGAUCUGGACGAUUAUUCGUAUUUGUACAGGACACGUGUACGGAAAAUGGAAACACAGUUGUUUAAGGAGGCAGGGGACAAGGGGGCACAAUGGAAUAAAGCUUCUGUUACAAUAGCCAGAGAUUCUGUUCCAAAUGACUACAAAAUCGUCCUUAUGGCCGACGUCGGAGCAACAUAUCAUGGAGAUACGGCAGUAGACGAUUUAAUCAUACAUGAUGGACCAUGCCAAGGUAUCGUAUAG